GGAUGCUGUGUCGUGCGUCAGGCAGUGGCUGGAAAGAUGGUGUCUCCCUACCUAUCUUGAACUCUCGCCAGUGCCAGUCUGGAGAGCGAGAGUGUCACAUUCCCCUCUUCCUCGUCCUUUCCCCUUCCCCUCCUGAGACAGACUGACCAGCUCCGAGCACUGCGUGAAGGGAAAAUGUGAAUAUAAAGUAGUGGUGGUGAUUGGUUGACAAGUUGAGUUCUUCGUUUGAUCCUCGUAUAAAAAAAAAAACAACACACGAGUUUUUUCCUCUUUUUCUUUUCUUGCGCGGUAAUAAACUUGUUCGGUCUUUUGUGGUCUCAGAGUUUUACGAGGAAAGAAGAAAUGGUGCGGUUAAACAUAUAAAAAAAAAAAGAAAUCAGAGAAAAUGUAAUGAUCUAAAAAGAAAGGAAAACUGUAGGAAAUAAAAAAAAAAGCCAUCUGACUUACCUGUGGCUUAGUUACCUGAAGGAAAAAAGGAAGAGAUUAGUAAGUUUCCUCUCACAUCCUUCCCCUCUGAUGAUUUCUUCUACCUGGUAAUGCAGACGACUUAUCUUCCGUGCAUAGACGUAUCUGUGGCGCUGCAAGAAUGAGUCCGCUGUUUAAAAUAUUCGCCGGAUGCUGCAUCUGCCUGCUGGCAUUGUGUAGUGGCGUGGGAGGAUUUGCGCCUAGUAUAGACAUCCCAGCGACCACUACGGAGCCUCCCCCCACCACGCAAGACCCCGCCACGCUGCCCUACUUCCUGCACCACCUCAACGCCACCAAUGUCACCGUGAGCAGAGGCAAGGCGGCGAUUCUGGACUGCCAAGUGUUCCGCCUCAGAGACAGAACUGUGUCGUGGGUGCGCAGGCAAGGCGACUCAAUACAACUGCUCACCAUCGGCUCCAGCACCUACCAGAACAACGGCAGAUAUCAGCUCGAGGUGGAGGAGCCCAACACGUGGCGACUGGUGGUCAUGGCAGCUGAAGAGUCUGACAGAGGCCACUACGAAUGCCAAGUGUCCUCGCACCCACCCAAGAUAAAGAGAGUCCACCUUCAAGUGUAUGUGCCUCGCCUGGAGAUCUUCGACGCACGAGGCGAGGCGAUUCAAGAGAAGUUUUACGAGGUUGGGUCAAGCAUCGAUCUCCGCUGCAACGCCUUCCACGUGCCCAGGGACGCUGUUGUGUGGUCCAGGGGCGGCGCCGUGGUGUAUCACUCCCCUGAGACUGGAAUAAGCGUGGAGACGACCUCGGGCGCGCAGGGUCCCGUGUCGUGGCUGAGGGUCAAGGCUGCCUCCACUGCGGACUCUGGGAAUUACAGCUGCAGCGCCGCCGAGGCUGAACCCGCCACCGUCCGCAUCCAGGUGCUCGAAGGCGACACCUCGGCGGCGAUGCAACACUCUACCAACUCCUCCUCUGCUGCUCAUCGCGCCGUGCACGCCUCCGUCAGCACCAUUAUCCACCUGCUGAGCCUGUCCUUAGUGCUAUGGGUGCGCUGCUAGGUGCGGGCGUAGGCGUGCGGCCUCUGAUACACCAAGAACUUAGCAGUGUUAACUUUCACGGCGGAGGAAGCAGGGAGGUGGGAGCAGGAAGCGGCUGUACUUGUGUUUUACAAGCAGGGACUUGCUUGGGUGUGUGGUCACCAUACCACCACAUCGGCCGCCACCAGCCUGCUUCA